GCGCUGGCGGACACAUGGGUGAUCCUCGCAGAUUGGAACGUGCCGUUCGAAGACAUCGCCAAGACGGGUUUCGUCCAGCAGAUUGGGGGCGCGCUCAUCAAGCCAAAUGUGGAGGUCACAUGCGACAAGGGGAAAGGCAGCCUCAUAGAUUACGGCAUCACCAGGACGGACUUCGUCGACAAGGUAAAACUGCAGGCCGUCAGGAAGGUACCGUGGCGGACGCAUUGCGGGCUCACGCUGACCUUGGAUGGAGCUUCGCGACCUUGGUGGCAUCGCAUAAUAGUUUUACCAAAGGAGUUGGCUACGCCGGCCAAGCCAAAGAAGAAGGCAGACCCGAACAGUCAGAGGUCACGCAAGCGGCAAGAAGAACGGCAACGAGCAGAAGAGCGUCUUGAGCCGCAUUUACGCGAGGCGUUCCAGAGCAAGACGGUGAUAGAGGAAGAGGCUGAGAGGCAUAAGGAAAAGCCGUACUACAUCACAGACGAAAUUUGGGCUCAGACAAUGGCAUCAGAGAGUCACGAAUGGGAGCUUUCGGACGAGCUCAAGUCCUGGGACGGCGGCCUCAUCAUACGUGGACAGCGGCAUGGGACGGUAGAAGCUGCGGUCACCAAGAUGUACGCGGAGUGGGUCACAUGCUUAGAGGAGUCGGCUAUCAUCACAGACGAAAUCGCAGAAAAAGAAGCGGACCAAUAG